AUGGUGAAAGUUGAGUACUUCGUCCCGUCUCUGGACGAAAAGAAGAGGAAAAGGAGUAUUGUGAUUGAGUCACCUGCUGCUCAGACUCAAGUUUUGCAAAAAGAAACACUGGAAAUGAAUGAGACACCUUCUUCUCCAAUAUCUCCAAAGAGUAUUGAGGCUCAAGUUUUUACUCCAAUUCAGAAACAGCAGACGGUAACAGAGGAAACGUAUGAGGCUACACAGCCAUUGACUGAGAUCAUUUCAGCAAACAAUAAAAAGGAGGAUACACAUGCUGUGCAUUACAGACCUUCCUCUCCAUUGUCUUCACUAAUUGCACUAGUUAUUGAAGAAAAUAAGAAUGCUUUGAGUGAGACAGAAACUGCGACCCAAUAUUUUUCUACAAGUGAAGGAGAGCAUUCACAAUCAAGCAGAAAGAAUCAAGCGGAAGAAUAUCUCAAGGAUACUACAGAACCUACUACUGAGCUAGUUUCCACAGAUGUUUCGAAGACACAGCCUCUUACUCCGCAAACACAGCACCUUCAGAGACAGUGA